AUUUGGAACUUUCUCUCUAGGAAUGGAGAACUCAAGAAACAUCAGAAAACUCAUACCAAUGAGAAAACCUAUAAAUGUAAUCAAUGUGGAAAGUCCUUCUACCAGAAGUCUAUCCUCAUAAUACAUGAGCAUACUCAUUCAAAGGACAAACCCAGUGAAUGUGAGAAAUCCGUCUCUCAGAACGGACACCUCACAAGGCAACCAAAAACUCCUACCAGAGAGAAGACCUAUGAAUGUAAAGAAUGUAAGAAAACUUUCUACCAUCUGUCAUCUCUCAGUAGACAUUUGAGAACUCAUGCAGGAGAGAAACCGUAUGAAUGUAAUCAGUGUGAGAAAUCCUUCUACCAGAAACCACACCUCAUGGAACAUCAGAAAACACACACAGGAGAAAAACCCUUUGAAUGUACUGAAUGUGGGAAGUUCUUCUAUGUUAAGGCAUACCUCAUGGUACAUCAGAAAACACACACAGGGGAGAAACCAUAUGAAUGUAAGGAAUGUAGGAAGUCCUUUUCCCAGAAAUCACACCUCACAGUACAUCAGAGAACACAUACAGGGGAGAAACCCUAUAAAUGUAAGGAAUGUGGGAAAUUCUUCUCUAGAAAUUCACACCUCAAAACUCAUCAGCGAACUCACACAGGAGAGAAACCCUAUGAAUGUAAGGAAUGUGGUAAAUGCUUCUACCAGAAGUCAGCCUUAACAGUACAUCAGCGAACUCAUACAGGGGAGAAACCCUUUGAAUGUAAUAAAUGUGGAAAAACCUUUUACUAUAAAUCAGACCUCACUAAACAUCAGAGAAAACACACAGGGGAGAAGCCCUAUGAAUGUAAUGAAUGUGGUAAAUCUUUCUCUGUGAAUUCAGUCCUCAGAUUACAUCAAAGGACUCACACAGGAGAGAAACCCUAUGAAUGCAAGGAGUGUGGGAAAUCCUUCUCUCAGAAGUCACAUUUUGUCAUACAUCAGAGAAAACACACAGGAGAGAAACCCUAUGAAUGUAAGGAGUGUAAGGAAACAUUUUUUCAGAAAUCAAAACUCACUGCACAUCAGAAGACACACACAGAAGGGAAAAUCUUAUAAACAAUAUCAAUUGGAGAAUUCUGUCUGAAUUUGUCCUUCAGAAUAAUCAGAUAACUCACACAAGACAAAAAACCUUAUGAAAUAUCAUCAAUAUAGGAAAACUUCAGCCACAUUCUUUCAUCAUGGAGAGAAAUUCUAUAAAUCUCUUAGGGAGAAAUUUUUACCAUAUGUCAGACUUUUACUGAAUUUCAGACAACAUACAUGGUAGAAACACUACAAAUGGUAAAACAUGAGGGAAACCUCUCUUUCAGAAGUCAUACUUUAUUGUACAACACAUAAACCAUACAAGAGAAAUCUAUAAGAAAAAUGAAUAUCAGGAAAUUUCUGUCAGGGUAGCCAUCAUAAAUGAGAGAUUUCUAUCAGUAUCCUGAGCAUUCAGAAAUCUUUUUAUACCUGUUGAACUAAUUAGCACAUUCUAAAAGGAGAUAAUCACAAAGAUUACAACAUAUAUGGAAGGCUUUAUCAAGAAGUGAUGUUUCAGUGAAUGUCAGAUCAGUGAUAUAAAGUAUAGAACCGUUUUAAAAAAUAUUUUAAGUAUGUGAAACCUUUUAAACAAAUUCUAAGAGAAUAUGUAUGAGGAAAAUACUUAUACUAGAGGUCAUGUUGCAGAAAUCUGAUUACAAGGUUGUUUUUCUUUUAAAGAAACCUGCAAAUGUCGGGUAUAUGAAGUUUU